GAAGAGCGCGGGAUCGAGUGACAGACACAGAGACGACAUUUGCGAGCAUUUGAUCGAAUUAUGCUCGAGGCCUUUUGAAUCUUUCAUUCGCUCUUUCGCUCGCUCGUUCCCUCUUUCUCUCUUUCCUUCCUUCCUGCCUUCCUGCGUUCCGACCCAGAGAGGUCGGAGGCGAUGGAGCCAGUGGUGGUGGACCCGGGCUCGCAGCUUCUGAAGGCCGGGUUCGCUCAACCCGACAGCGAUCCGUCACUCGUUCUGCGAACGGCGAUGACCAAAGAAGCGGCCCAGGAUGAAUUUGCCGGCAAGAGCUUGGAUCUCAGUCAAUUGGAUGUGAUAAACCCUGUCCAGAGGGGUAUGGUCAAAGAUUGGGACGCAAUGGAGGACCUCUGGCGGUAUGUUCUGUACUCCGGUCUGGGUUGGGAGCCUGGCAGUGAAGGCCAGAUCCUUAUUGCGGAAGCGCUGUUGACUCCUAAGGCCUCCAGGGAGAGAAUGGUGCAGAUUAUGUUCGAGAACUUCAAUGUUUCCGGCCUCUAUGCUGUCGAGCAGGCUGUACUCUCAUUGUAUGCCAUCGGGCGUAUCACUGGAGUUGCUGUCGAUAUUGGCCAUGGAAAAAUAGACAUUGCCCCUGUAUGGGAAGGAACAGUUCAGCACAAUGCCGUGAAGAGGUUCGAGCUGGGUGGGCAAGAACUCACUUCUCUUUUUGGUAUGGAGCUCAGGAAAGCCCACCCCGAGCUAAAUCUGGACUUUGCAACUGUUGAAGCCAUGAAGGAAAGGCAUGCAGCUGUUGCAGAAGACCACGUUGCCUACAGCAACUAUGCCGAAGAUUGUGAUACAGUAGAGCACACGUUGCCUGAUGGAAAGGUCAUUUACCUUGGAAGAGAAAGGUACGCUGUCGGUGAAGCUUUAUUCCAGCCGUCGCUUCUAGGAAUCGAGGAAUACGGCAUCGCUGAGCAAAUGCUUCGUAGUGUCUCAUCAUGCGUACCAGCAGAGAAUCACCGCCAAUUAGUAGAAAACAUUGUGCUUUGUGGGGGUACAUCUGCAAUGUCAGGUUUCGAGUCUCGUUUUCAGAAAGAAGCCAUGCUGUUGGGUACUCCGUCAAUCCGACCGUCUCUGAUUAAGCCGCCAGAGUACAUGCCUGACAACACUUUGAGAUAUUCAGCAUGGAUGGGAGGGGCGAUUCUUGCCAAGGUGGUCUUUCCUCAGAAUCAGCAUAUAACAAAGGCUGAAUACGAUGAGACAGGUCCUACCAUUGUACACCGCAAGUGCUACUAACCUCCUGGGAGCAGGAAGUUUCAGCUGGAACAAUUUGACACGCCAUUUAGCCUACGAAUGUACGACAUCAACGUUUGACAAGAGAGUCCUGGUUUAGGUCAUGCUCUUUUUGAAGUGGCGGAAAGUCUGGCCACCAUCACGUCAAUUGGUCGUUUUAAUUGAAUUGGGAACCAAGUCAGUUUCCAUUACGUUUGGAGUAGAGUAGAAUGGAUGCUCUUGUAUGAUACAAAAUAGAUCUGGCAAUGAAAGUAUGCAUACUUUGUAUCCUGUUGUCACAAGCCUUUGGAUAGCCACAGUUAUCUUGCAAAAGAACUGUAACUCGAAAUUUGUAAACCAAGAUAUCCAGGUGAUGCAAGCUCGUUGACGAUGGCUGCACCUACACAUGUUUUUAAUCCAGUGGGAAUUUUCCAGUCCUCGUCUUCUUCGAGAAUCAAGUGUACGUACUAGUUUUUAACGCGAAAUUUGCCAGCUUCUCGUCCUCCAUUCUAUUGUUUACUCUACAUCCUU